GAGAGAUAAGGAGGAGCGGCGUUUCCUUUUAAGCCACCUGGAGGAGGAGGAGAAGGGCGUGGAGGACCGGAAGUGGCUGUCCUGAAAAGAAAACAGCGGCAACAGCAGUAGCAACAACAGCCUUUUCCUGUCCUUUCUUGCCUGCCAUGGCAGGAAUCUCUUCUGCUGGAAGACUGGACAAUGGGUCUCUGGAAAUAACUCAGAGUACCGAUGACGACCCGCUGCUUGAUGCUCCUCUCCUUCCACAUCAUGCAUUGCAUUCCAGAUUGCGUCCAAGGUUCCAUGCAAUCCCUACAGUCUGCGUAGCCAAUGUUUUGUUGUUUUUGCAUGUUGCUUUUGUUGUUUUGGCUUUCGUAGCAGGUAUGUGUUGCUCUUACUCUGAGCCAGGUGAAGAUGUCUGCCCUGGAGGCUAUACUAAUCCAUUGAAACUGCAGAGUGUUAUCAUCAUUGCAAAGGUGAUCCUCUGGAUCCUCCAUGUGAUCCUGGAGCGAUAUAUUCAUUUUCAGCACAGCAAGGUCAGAAGCAAAGGCUAUCUUCUAAUCUACCGAACCACAAGACAUCUUAAAAGACUACCUCUACUAAUUCAGUCUACUGGUAACACAGCUUUACUGCUGAUUAUGGCAGCCCAGCAUUCUUUUCCUAAACACAAUAAACUGUACCUUUGCUUCAUCCUUGGAAUCUUGACUGCGGAGCUAAUACUUUCACUGAUAUGCCUUGUUAUCUACACAGUGAAGGUAAGCAACUUUAAUCGAGCAAAACCAAGACCAGAUAUAAUAGAAGAAGAAAAGUUGUAUACUUACCCUAAUCGAAUUACCUCUGAAAUUGGAUUCAGAGACACCUCAAGCUUGGAAGAAAUAGUUGAAAAACAAGGAGAUGUGAUUGAGUACCUUCAACGACACAAUGCCCUACUUAGUAAAAGACUGCUGGCAUUAACAUCUCAGCAGGGCAGAAGCUAAUGAUGGACAGAAAGCACAUAGCUGAAGGAUAUAUGAAGUGCUGGAACAACUUAAAUAUUAAUUAUUCUUCUGGAAGCAGAAUAUGUUCCUUUUGUAAGUUGAACUGCAGUCCACUAACCCAGGUUCUGAAGAGUUAUUGGAUCUUUCCUGGCUUGGUGCUUGUUUUUUAAAGGACAUAUAUUUUAAAGAGAAUAUUCCCUAAAAACCCUGCAUUACAGGAAACUGACAUUGACCAGAGAAAACUUUUCCUCCUCAGUUGACAAUGGUUCUUGCACUUUUCAAGCUAAAACUAUUGCAAAUUACCAAAGAUUUUUGUGAUAGUUUGGGAUUAAUUUCUUUUCCAAACCAAUGUGAAGUUAGACACCCUGGUAUAUUUGAAGAUUAAUAUUAUCUGUAUUUGUAUUGCAGUUGAUGUCAUUAUCAUGUAAGUUUCUAAAUAAAGGAUUAAGGAUAAUUGUAUCUGUACUGCAGUUACAGUGGAUGAAGCCACUAUACAACUCUGUGGUUGGAGACCUUCCCUUAUGGAAAGGUGAGCAAUGACCCAAGAUCAUCAUGCCAUCAUUGAAACCUUGGUGAAAUAGUGAUAUUUCACCAGCAGAAAUGCAUUGACAAUAAGUAUAGCGUUGUUAUAUUCAAGAGUUAAUCCAAAGGAUAAUAGUAUUGUCCUAUCAAGUGGGAAAUAGAAAAAAUAAAAAGUGGCUAAUCCAGAACAGUUGUGUAGACAUCAGCAAAGCAGUAGCAAAGAGCACUGUGUAGCACAAAGAUGUGUCUGGUUAACUAAAAAGUCAGUUUUCUGGUUUCUUCUCAUAACGAAAAGCCAUCAUCCAAUGGUCAGGAAAUCCAGAAAUUUCAGGGAGGCGUUGCUUUCCAUUGUGGAUACGCAACAAGGAUGUCUUAAUAGCCUUAAAUUCUUUCAAUCACUUGUUCUUUAUUCCUAAAUAUGGGAUGUACAGAGUCACAGAGUAAACAUACUCCAGUUUACAGGAAUUCCCACAUCCUUGAUUGCUCUGAACUUUGAAAAUUGAUUAAAUUUAAUUUUAAUAUAUAUUUUUCUUCCCCCACUUCAAUACUUGCUGCAACUGUUAACGGGAAAUAUUUUAGUGAAUAUGAUAUCCAGUGGCUUCCAUCUUUGAAAAUGCCAAUCCCCACCCCCACACCUCUUAAAAGCCAAGUGUAUGUCUCAUUCCUCACAAAAUGUAUAGCUUGAAGUCUCUGGUUUCUUGUCUCUGCUGCUACUUGUUGAGAUAUGUUCUGCUUUUAAGCUCAUUAUCCAACUACAAGCAGCUAUCAGUUGCCUGCUAUACCUCUUUGCUUUUUGUCAACAAAGCUGGUUUUUGUGUGUAUAUACUAGUCAGUAUUUCUGCAGAAAGGCAAAACAUUUCAACAGCAGGCUUCUCUGAACAUAUGCUGUGAUCUUGUUACGGAAGAAGAAAAGCAUACCUCCCUUUAAAAUCAGAUGUGAAUUGUUACUCCACUUUUAGUGGACUAGGUUUAUACUGUUCUAUAAGGGAUGGUAUAAGGACAAUGUAACUGGCUGCUUCUAACACUAAUAUGUUUUUGCCUUUCAAGCUGUGCAUUAAACACAGCUGGGAUUUUAUAUGAAAGCUGAAGAAGGCAUAAUUUUCCUUUUAAAGGACACUCAGGUUUUGAUGUAAUUUGUAUGUUACUCAUUCUGUAUUUUGUAUUAAAUGUCGUGAAAUAAUAAAUGCAACAAACCCCA